CUCAUCCACGACAAUAUCGUGACGCUUUAUGGAACGACAGAGGAGUUCGGGCCAACCACAGCCCUUGUCUCCCAGUGGUUUCCGGACGGCACGCUGUCCCAUCUAAUCAGAGAACGGGGUGCUACAUUGACCAUCAAGUCCAAAUUGAAGCUGCUCCACGGCAUAGCAUCUGGGCUCUACUAUCUUCACUCAUUUCCCGUUGUUCACGGUGACAUUACGAGCUCUAACGUUUUGGUAGAUCUCAAAGAAGGCGAAUACAAGGCUUGCCUAACCGACUUCGGGUUGUCAAAUGUCCUCGGCGCACGUUUAAAAGAGUGGCAAGUUGAAGGAUCGAUGGUUCGGUCUGGUGCAGUCAGGUGGACUGCGCCUGAGUUGCUCAGGCCACAUGAUCCCCCUUCCAAUAUUAAACCGACCACGCAGAACGACAUGUAUUCCUUCGGUCGUGUCAUGUUCCAUGUAAGUUUGUUGACUUUGAUUCUUCCUUGGCAUGACAUUGACGAGUAUAGAGUCAUUCACAAAAUACAAAAUGGAGAGGAUGUCCCGCGUCCUGAGGUAUCCGAGGCGACGUCUGACGUCACAGACGCCCGCUGGGAUCAUAUCGAGCAGUGUUGGUCAAUUGAUCCACCUGCCCGUCCAUGUGCCCUCACGGCUAUGAACUUCAUAAAGGGGGAACUAGAGGCUUUGAACCAGGAUGAUGUCCUUGUUGGCGAGGUACAAGAAAGCCAUCAAAAUACAGACUUGGUUGCGGAGCAGUCUUCCUUGCAAACGCUUGUUCCAUCACGCAAUACCGUUCCCUCUAGUCCUUUAACACAUCAUCUCUUCUCUACGGUCUCAUCGCUGUCGCUUGCAGGUCCUUUGAAUGUGUUGCUUUUCGGGGAGACUGGAGUUGGGAAGAGCGCCAUCAUCAACUUGAUUAUGGGACGCGACGUUGCACAAACGUCGCCAGAUCAGGAAACUUGCACAUUGCAGCAUACCUCCCACGAAGUCAAUCUUGCAGAACGCCGAUUCAAACUUUGGGAAGUUUCCUCAAUCGAAUCAAUGGGUUCUUUCCGGACCUUUCUGGCAAAACGGCGCCUGGAGAAAUCGUACAAGAAGCUGUACAAAGAUGAUGGGGUCCACCUUCUUUUGUAUUGCAUGAGGGGAUCGAGGGCGCAGAGAGCACUGCUCAGGGAUUAUAAAUUCUUCACUGAAAUCGUUGGCUCUACGGCCACUGUGGCAGGCGGCGUACCUGUCGCCGCUGUGGUCACCUGCUUGGAAGAUUAUCCUAAGGACAUGGAUGUGUGGUGGACGAAAAACAAGGAUAAUCUGGAAGGCCUCGGAAUGCGGUUCUCCACACACGCUUGUAUCACUUCUCUCCCUGACGAUCCAACAUCUUCACUUGCAAUGCGCGCACGUCGACAGCGAUCAGAACAAGUUAUUCGCUGUCUUAUUUAUGAGUCCUACAAGAUAGGCACCGAAACACCUCGCAAUUCCAGUCCAGCUUUGACUCGAUGAAAAGCUGUCAAGCUUGCCUGCGCAAUACGGUUCUCGAAUGUUAGCCUCUGUGGGGCUGGGCCACUCCAUGUGUUACUUCAUA